CCCUAUUAUAUUCAAACUCCAACAAGUUUCAAUAAUAUUAUUAUUCAUAAUAAUUCAAUAUUGUUGAUAAAAUUCAUAAAACAAUAUGCCAAUUUAUUCUUCUGAUUCUGAUGACCCACACCCUUCACAUUCAGCACCCACAAGAAGAUUUUUGGCUCAUGAUAGACCAAUGCAUUCAAUUCUUGGAGGAGGAAAAGUUGCUGACAUAUUGUUAUGGAGAGACAAGACAUUAACAGCAUCAAUUUUAAUUGGAUUCACAGUAAUUUGGUCCCUUUUUGAAGUUAUGGAGUACAAUUUUGUGACACUUUUGUGUCACAUUUCUAUGAGCGUGAUGUUAAUUCUCUUCAUUUGGUCUGUGGGAGCUGGAUUUGUUGAUUGGAAUCCUCCCGAUUUUCGGGCAUUUAUGAUAUCAGAUUCAACAUUUAGAUGGUUAUGCGGGAAAUUCAACUCUAUGUUAGUGAAAUUCUAUGAAAUUUCAUCUGAGAAAGAUUUCAGAACUUUUUUCCUGGUAAUCACUUUCCUAUGGAUAUUAUCAGUUAUUGGAAGUUACUUCAGCUCUCUGAAUUUAUUGUAUCUAGGGUUUGUUUGCUUGGCAACGUUACCAGCUUUAUAUGAAAGGUAUCAAAAUGAGGUUGAUUAUUUAGUAAAGCAAGGUAACCAAGAUAUGAAAAAACUAUACAAUAAAUUUGAUACUGAAGUGCUCAACAAGAUUCCAAGAGGACCUGUCAAGCAAAAGAAAAAGUUUUGAGUCAUUUCUCAAAAUUAUAUUUUAAGAAAAAAGUUCAAGAAUUGGCUGUGGAUUGUGUUUAAAUUAUGAACAAUGUAAUUGUAAUUUAUGUAAAUGGUUCAAUGAUGCAGGAAUUGUAUUGUUGUUCAUGUAAUUACUUGUAUUUUCAGUACAUUAUAAUAUGAAAGUAAUAAGAAGUCAUUAUUCCAUGA